AAUUAUAACAGUCAUCAUAAUUGACCCUAGAGAUUCCCAAAAAUUCAUAAAAGAAUCAGAGAAUCUUCCAUUCACAUCCUUUUUACAUUUUUGCAGUCAACAGAGACUCCAUACCUUUUUAACAAAAGGAAGCUUAUCUUUUAUUGUCACUUGAUAAGUCUUUGGUGUUGGGAUUUGAUCCACAAAGAAGCAGCCAUGACUACUGCUAUUUCAAGCAUUAGUCCAAGUCCUACUAGGCUUGAGGGGAAAUUUAUGGGUAUGCUUGUCUGUUGGAUUCUGGGACUUGGCUCACUUGUUUCUUGGAAUAGUUUGCUGAGCAUUGGAGAUUACUACUAUGCACUGUAUCCAAAUUAUCAUCCUUCAAGGGUUCUCACCCUAGUUUAUCAACCGUUUGCACUUGGAACAAUGGCAAUUCUUGCAUAUAAUGAGGCAAAAGUUGAUACAAGAAUGCGCAACUUAGCUGGAUAUACUCUUUUCACCUUAAGCACAUUUUCACUCAUAGUGUUGGAUUUGGCGACGUCUGGUAAAGGUGGACUUGGAAAUUACAUUGGUGUAUGUGCUAUAGUAGGUACAUUUGGAGUUGCAGAUGCUCAUGUUCAAGGUGGAAUGGUUGGAGAUUUAUCCUUCAUGUGCCCUGAGUUCAUCCAAUCAUUUUUAGCUGGUCUUGCUGCAUCUGGAGCUCUCACCUCUGGUUUAAGGCUAAUGACCAAAGCAGCUUUUGAAAACAGUAGCAACGGUCUACGCAAAGGAGUUAUGUUGUUUCUUGCCAUCUCCACAUUCUUUGAAUUCCUAUGCAUCCUUCUAUAUGCAUUCAUCUUCCCUAAGCUACCAAUUGUAAAGCACUAUCGCACAAAAGCAGCUGGAGAAGGAUCAACAACUGUUGCAGCAGACUUAGCUGCUGCAGGCAUCCAAACUCAACCAAUCGAAAAAGCUGGUGAUGAUGCUAAGCAAUUACAACGUCUGAGUACCAAACAAUUGUUUUUCCAGAACAUUGAUUAUGCAUUGGACUUAUACUUAAUAUAUGUCCUCACUUUAUCAAUUUUCCCUGGAUUCUUAUAUGAGAACACUGGUACCCACAAAUUGGGCUCAUGGUAUGCUCUAGUUUUGAUAGCAAUGUACAAUGUUUGGGAUUUGAUAGCAAGAUACAUUCCACUGAUAGAGAAAAUCAAGCUUAAAUCACGAAAAGGCCUCAUGAUCGCGACACUCUCUCGUUUCUUGCUGAUCCCUUGUUUCUACUUCACUGCAAAAUACGGCGAUCAAGGCUGGAUGAUAUUUCUUGUAUCCUUCUUGGGACUCACAAAUGGUUAUCUCACUGUUUGUGUCAUGACAGUUGCUCCUCAAGGAUACAAGGGGCCUGAGCAAAAUGCAUUGGGUAACAUACUAGUGCUAUUUCUACUAGGUGGAAUAUUUUCUGGUGUUGCCUUAGAUUGGUUAUGGAUUAUUGGUAACGGGAAAUUCUGAGGACUCAAGAUGGUAUGGCUUGACAGAACAAUAGCUAACAUUGUAAUUUAGUGGAAAUGAUCGUAUAGUUCUGGCUCUGAAAUCUGCAUUUCUUUCCUUUCAUAUCAUGUUUCAGCUUUUAGGAACAAUUAGUUGAGUAUAGAGAGUGAUGAAAUUGCCAUACGUGAUGAUUAAACUUCUUUGUGGAUUGUGAAGAGUGUUAAAGAAGCUUUAACAGGAAAAUUCUGAAGUUAACGUUGGUGUAAACUGUAAACCUUCUCUUGAGUUUUUGUCGCAAAAUGGAUAAGAAUUUAACCAAAA